AUGUUUUGUCGACAUCAGGAAAUCUCAGUGUCGCCCAACUCUUCGUCCGACGGCAGCACCAAUAGGUUCGGAUCGACCAGAUUCUUGUCCACCAGCGAUACGCUUCUCUCGUCGACCAGUCGUGAAGUCUUUGAGACAACGGUUAGCAAAGAGGUAAACAAAUGGCUUCACAAACCUGUAGUCCGGGUAAUAGAGCAUAAUAUAGGGCACGAGAAUAGUGCUGAUCGUUAUGACCAACAGAAACGCCCAGCGAUUGAGGAAACGGUCCUCUUCUCGGUUCCCGAUAUCCCAUCCAUAGGACACCCAAUUCUGCCAAACAUUUGCGGUCCUUUGGGCUGCGGAUCCAUAAAUCCGGGAACAAAUGAGGGAACCGAAGAGUGCGAGUCGUAA